CUACUGGAGCAACAACAUGAUUCCCAAGCCCCUCCCUUCCACUUGGUUCUUUCCUCGACUCAAAGACUUCCUCGUCAGCAAUUGCUCUUUACCCGAGCAGCCUCUCCCCUCCUUCCCGGUCUCCCUCAACCUCUCCAACCUCGACCUGAGCAGCAACAGGUUCACAGGCGCCAUCCCAGGCACUCUGUUUCAGCAGAGCCCUAACCUCGUCAACCUCAAUCUGGCCAACAACGCUCUUGACUCGAGUUUACCUGCAGAAAUCACCACUGCUACCAAGCUGCAAUCCGUCUUCCUCUCGGGCAACCAGCUCAGCGGCCCCCUGCCGGACCUCUCAGCUCUGCCCAGCAUCGUGUCGCUCUCCCUCUUUGACAACUCCCUCUCCUCCGUGCCGCCCGCCCUGCUCACUGAAACCAACAUCACUCUCCAGCUUUUUAACAACGACCUCUGCAAGCCAUUCAAUCCAAACUACAUGCAAGUCUGCUCCCCCCCGACCCCUCUCACCCAGUACACCUCCCCUGCCUUCUGCGACGGCCUCGCCUGCCAGUCCGACCUCUACACCCCUAGCGCAUCGCUCUAUAACGAGUCGCUCUCCUGCGUGUGCGUAUCCCCGUUAAGAGCCGACCUGGAGCUGUUUAUAUCGGAUUUCGUGGUGUACCAUGAGGCGCUGGUGCAGCAGCUGGAGCAGCGGAUCUACUCGGAGCUCACCAGCAAGGCGCAGAUCAACAUCACGAGGACGCAGGUUCUCAUCUCUGCCAUCAGCAGCCCCGCCUCUCUCUACUCGCUCGCCUCCACCUUCGCCUCAGACCACGCCGACCACCAGUCCACACUCAUCAUCACCGUCCUCUUCUUCCCUCCGGGCGGCGACGACAGCUGGUACCCGCGAGACACACCGCAGGCCAUCCGCAACGCGCUCACCUCACGGGACCUUGCCGUGCGCGUUGCUCUCGGCAACUUUGGGCUCUUUCGGGUCGCGGGAUUCUACGGCCCAGCUCGUGAGUAUGCCUACAGCCCCCCAUCAAAGCAGCAGGCCUCGUCUCGGCUGAGCACGGGUGCCAUCAUGGCCAUCUCAGUGUGCUCCCUUGUCUCUUCUCCUUCACCUGCGUGUCCCCUCCCUCCUCCCCUUCCAUAUAUAGCCUACAGCCCCCCAUCAAAGCAGCAGCCCUCCUCUGGGCUGAGCACGGGUGCCAUCGUGGCCAUCUCUGUGUGCUGCGCUGCUGUUGCCAUCGCCCUCAUUGUGGCUCUGCUCAUGCGCCCCUGGGAGAGGCGAGGGUGGAACCGUGCGGACUACGAGGCAUUGGAGGGCAUCACCCUGCAGCAUGCGCGGCGCUACUCGCUGCGACAGCUGGCAGAGGCAACCAACGGCUUUGAUGACUCGCUCGUGCUUGGCACGGGCGGUUACGGCAAGGUAUACCACGGCAUUCUCAACGGCGAGUCGGUGGCGAUAAAGAAAGCGACGGAGAAGCACCGGCAUGCAGGGGUGGAUUUCAAGAACGAGAUUGAGAUGCUGACAGCCGUGUCGCACGGCAACCUGGUGAAGCUCACCGGCUUCUGCGUGGAGAAGGACGAGCAGCUGCUGGUGUUUGAAUUCAUGGAGGGCGGGGCGCUGGAUGCCUGGAUCAAAGGAAAGACGGGGCACACCCUAUCGUGGAAGGAGAGGAUGCGGAUCGCUCUUGGUGCGGCGAGUGCGCUUCACUACCUGCACAAGGAGAUGAGGCCCGGCAUCAUUCACCGCGAUAUCAAGCCCGCCAACAUCCUUCUGACAGCGUCUCUUGAAGCCAAGGUGGCGGACUUUGGCAUUUCCAAGUCGCUGCCUGAAAGGGGCGAGCUGGUGCAGGAGGAGAUCAUCGGCAGCAAGGGCUACAUCGACCCGCACUUUGCGGUGUCAGAGGUGCUGACGGAGCGCAGUGACGUGUUCAGCUUCGGGGUGGUGCUGCUGCAGCUGGCCACGGGGCAGCCGCCCGUCAUUCAGGGAGUGCCGCUCAGCCAGGUCGUGCUGCACCUCGCCUUCGGCCCCCACGGCCUCUCCGCUGCUGUCGACCCCAAACUCUCUGACCUUCUCCAUGCCACUGCUGCUGCUGCCGGGGGACUUAUUCCUACUGCUGCUGCAUCAAAGGGUGCUUCCCAUGGGUUGGUGGAGACGUUCGGCACGUUCCUGCGGGUGGCGCUGUGGUGCACGGCAGAGCACCCCUCGCUUCGUCCCGACAUGGAGCAGGUCGUAUCUGCGCUGCGCAGCAUCAGGGACCACCUCCGGGCGCUACCUGGGGGGGGCACUCCUGUGGGCCCCGCAGGGGCUGUCCCAAGCAGCGCCAGCAGUUACGGUGCUGCUGCUGAUGUGUCGCUUGCCAGUCGUGCCAGCAGUGCAGGAGGCGGUUAUUCUUCUGCCGCCCGGUCUCCUGAGACCGGAUUCACAGGAGGGGCUGCCAGCCUGUCAACUCUUUGGAGUCACAUGCCGGCUUCCAGUGGUCAACCCGAGUCAAACUGGUCACACUUAAAGGUGCCUCAGAAGAAACCAACUGCUUCCAGUGGUCAACCGGGGUCAAACUGGUCAAACUUUGAGGUGGAGCAGGGAGGGGUGGAUGGGUAUGAUGACACUGGCACGCACCAUCAGACGCUCACAGGCCCUCAUGCCCGGUAG